GCAAAGAUGUCCGCGCUCAUUUGAAAACUUGCUGUGGCCAAAUCCACAGUUUGGCACCCUUUCUGAUCUGUUUUAAUGCUGGGACUUGUGCUGACGUUGUGUUCAAGAAAGACUCACACAAAGGAAGGAAAAGGACUCAGCGACAAGAGCCAGAAUAUUCCUUACUAUCAGAAAUAAUGCUGAUAUCUGGAACUCAUGUCGGAAGUCGUGUAUGAAGAGACAGCCACGAUGAUUGCCGCAGGGGAAUUGCAGUCGUUUGUCCCAUUUGGCCGUGAGCACUGCAGGGACCAUCCAAAUGCCUUUAACCUGCAGCUCAGAGAACUCCAGCCUGCCUCCGAGCUCUGGUCCUCAGAUGGUGCUGCCGGCCUGGUGGGAUCCCUGCAGGAAGUCAGUCUGCAGGAGAGAGACAGGGAAUGCUGGCAGCUUAGAAAGGGCUGUAUUAGAGUCAGGGAGGAGGAUGUGGAGUUUGAAGAGGAGCUCUAUGCAGCAGGAACUGUGGUGAUCUGGAGCCAGGGCAGUCGGACUCAGGCCUCCAGUGUCUACAAAGCUUUCACUGUUGAUAGCCCAGUGCAGCAGGCCUUAUGGUGUAACUUUGCCGUACCUCAGAACAAAAAAGAUGAGGAGGAAGUAGAGCAGACAGUGUGUAUUGUCCAGAGUAGCUGUAUUAACGUUCACACUGUAACUGGGAAGGAUUUUAUCUCACCACUGCCCUUCCAGGUCUCAAAUGUCUGGGCAACAAAGUUUGGACUUUUGUUAGAACGGAAAAACACAAGUGACUCUCAAAUCAGUACCCCAGGGGAACCUCUGCCCACAGUGUUCAGCAUGCUGCAUCCCCUAGAUGAGAUCGCACCAGUAGUGUGCAAACCAACAGGUCUGUUUGAAGGCUCCCGUGUUCAGUAUGCAUCUGAUGCCAACAUGAAAAUUGUGUUCAGCUGCUGUCAGCCCUCUUUGGUUAUCUCAUAUGACACAGUACAGGGAAUUCACUCCGUCUGGGCCCUGCGCAAAGUCACACAUGAUGAACGUUCUACAGUCCUGCGCUGUUCAUCAGAGCCUGCUGGUACACCGCUGGGUUUGAUGGCAUCAGGGGUGCUGACUUCUCAUCUCCGUAACAUCUCACGCCUGGACUCACCUGGUGGGAGUGGUCUGACAUCUGGAACAAGUUGUACUGUUGGUGCCAGCUCACCUCUCCACUACAGCGCUUUGCACGGUCACCCAAACAGGAUCAUGACCUCUUCACCUGGAUUUCACUCUCGCAUUCAUUCCCCGAGUAUUUCCAACAUGGCUGCCCUCAGCCGUGCUCACUCUCCAGGUAUGGCGGCUCCGUCCUUUUCAGGUGCAGCUCGAUUCAACACAUCUUUUCACAGCCCCUCCCUGAGGGGGCACCAUGGUUUGUUGCCCUCUCCGAACAGCACGGUCAAUGAAACAAUGCUGGUGCCAGAAAUGGAGCCGAUUAUACCUGACCUCUGCAUGGAGCUGCUGUGGAGUGAGACAGUCACAUCUGGCUGCCAACGGGAGAUGAGCAGCCAGGCAUCCAAGGUUUUCCUGACCUCUGAUCUCUGUGAGAACCAUUACCUCUGUUUCCUGGUGGAGUCCCACCAACAGCUAAGAUGUGUAAAGUUUAUGGAGAGCAAUGACACAUCUCAGCUCAUCUUUGCCUCUGUCACAACCAUCCCAGCCAAAGAUGCAGAGCCUCUGCUGAGUAUUGAUGCCAUGCUGGUUCUGGAGGCCUGUGGCAGUCUUGUUCUCUACACAGGGAUCACCAGGGUCAGCAAAGUUUAUGUCCCCGGCCUGCUGUCACCCACCUUCAGCCUCACCAACCACAUCUCCCAUGUCAACACUCCGCUGGAUAACGCCAGCACGCCUGCUAACGCUAGCAGCAGACACCUACAAAGACUGGAUGAGGCUGCUAUGCCUUCACCAGUGUCGGGGCAUAGGGGGCCAAAUAUUAAACACCAUGAAGCUUCUUUUUUGGAAGAUUGCAUUUCUCAACAAGCUCCACCCUACAUUCAUGCUCUGAGGGACCCUGUUUGCAACCGGGUCACACUGGAACUAAACAGUGGUCCAAUGCUGAGGAUCUCAAUCCCAGAGAUUGCUACUUCAGAGCUUGUGAAAAAAUGUCUUCAGGCAAUUCGUUUCAUCCUGCCCAAAGAAGCUGCCAUGAAGGUUUUAGUGAAGUGGUACAACAUCUACAAUGCCCCUGGUGGUCCCAGUGCACAUGCUGAGUGGAACCUGUUUGUCACAUGUUUUAUGACGCUGAUGGGCUACAACACAGAGCGUCUGACUUGGAAACAAAAUCUGCAUUUUGAAGUGCCUCUUUCUCCAGUGAUUGCAGCCAAGAAGGCUCGGCCCUCUGACGGAGGCUCUGAUGAGGACUGGGACUAUUUGUUGGGGUCUCAUUACCACAGACAGAUGAAUUUCCAGCCUGUUUGUGGAUCAGCUGAUUGCAGUGGCUCAAACCUUUCUCUCAGCCCAGAGGCUGAAGGCAUGUCCUCUGUGUCCUCUCCCUCCAGUCCCUCUCAGAAGUUGGACAGUUCAGCUCCUCUCUUCCCACACAUUCCUGCUCUUUUCUACGUCCUCCAUCUGCUCUAUCAGGAGUUGCAACUAGAUGAGCUGCAGAGAGCGAGAGCCUCCUCACUGGUCUGUCUGCUUCAACAGCUGGCCAGAGACCUCCAGUUGGAAGAGUAUGUUGAUCUAUACUGGAGAGACUACCCUGCAUUGAUUAGUGGUUUCAAUGAGAGCUGCCUCAUCGACCAGGGCCUGUUUGCUCAGAUGCAGCAUCCAUCCUUCCUGAGGGCAGAUCCUCCUUGUGUGCUCAGCUGGCUCAGUGGCUGUCUAAGAGGAGAGGAGGUUCCACCUUUCCCCUACCUGCCAGACAUCUGUCAGAGGACCAGACUGCUUGUUCUGAGUUAUGCUCUCUAUAUCCUCAGAGAUGAAAAUGCAACUUCAACAGAUGUAUCAAAGUACCUGACCAAGCUGUCUGCAGGUCAGAAGUCCUGCACCAGUGAACCACACUACAGAAGACAAAGCAGCGUAAAAGUGAAAUUUUCCUGUGAGAGUCUCGCUGAGCAGCUAGUCGUUUGGCUCACCUCAGAAGGUUUCACUCUUAAGGACCUGGAGUCUGUCCCCUUUGGUGUGGCUUUGCCCAUCAGAGAGGCCAUCUACCGCUGCAGGGAGCAGCCCUGCUCUGAUUGGUCGGAGGAAGUCUGUCUGCUGAUUGGACGACAGGAUCUGACCAGACAAGCUCACAAGAUGUCCCUAGCUAAGAGCAAAUCUUCUGUAGGUUCAGGUCUGUCUUUGGAGCCUCCUGCGACCACAGAAGCAGAUGAGGAAGAGGAUGGGAUGUCGGAUAUAAUUCAAGAGGUCACAGGACUGAUCUGGAGUCAGGAUCUGAGAGUCCAGGAGGUCAGAAGACUGCUGCAGAGCUCCAGGCCAGUCCGGGUCAGCGUUGUCCAGUUACCAGAAGUUUCUGAUCAUGAGUACAUUGAGGAGAAAGAAAACAAACUCCUGCAGUUGUGUCAGAGGACCAUGGCUCUGCCUGUAGGCCGAGGACUCUUCACUCUUUUUUCCUAUCAACCUGUACCAACUGAACCUUUACCUGUCCCAAAACUUAACCUCACAGGCCGUGCACCACCAAGAAACACUAUGGUAGAUCUCAACAGCGGGAACAUUGAUGUUCCUCCCAACAUGACCAGCUGGCCGAGCUUCCAUAACGGAGUAGCAGCGGGACUCAAAAUAGCUCCUGCUUCACAGGUGGACUCAGCGUGGAUAGCCUACAACAAGCCCAAGAACCCAGAGCUUGCUAAUGAGUAUGCAGGCUUCCUUAUGGCUCUGGGCCUAAAUGGACAUCUCACCAAGCUGGCCACGCUCAACAUACACGACUACCUCACUAAGGGCCAUGAGAUGACGAGCAUCGGGCUCCUUCUGGGUGUGUCUUCAGCUAAACUGGGCACCAUGGACAUGUCUAUUACCCGCCUGCUGAGUAUUCACAUCCCUGCCCUCCUGCCACCCACCUCCACAGAGCUGGACGUACCACACAAUGUUCAGGUUGCUGCUGUGAUUGGCAUCGGGCUGGUGUACCAGGGAACAGGACACAGACACAAUGCUGAAGUCUUGCUGUCUGAGAUAGGCCGACCACCAGGUCCAGAGAUGGAGUACUGCACAGACCGAGAGUCCUACUCAUUAGCUGCUGGACUUGCCUUGGGCAUGGUCUGUCUGGGGCAUGGCAGUAACCUGAUUGGGAUGACAGACUUGAAUGUGCCUGAGCAGCUGUAUCAGUAUAUGGUGGGGGGCCACCGCAGAGCUCAGGCUGGGGCCAACAGAGAGCGACACAAGUCCCCCAGCUACCAAAUCAAGGAAGGUGACACCAUAAAUGUAGAUGUGACAUGUCCAGGGGCGACGCUGGCCCUCGCUAUGAUCUACCUCAAGACCAACAACAGGUCAAUUGCUGAUUGGCUGAAACCUCCCGAUACUUGGUUCCUCUUGGAUUUCAUCAAGCCCGAGUUUUUGCUGCUGAGGACUCUUGCAAGGUGCAUCAUUAUGUGGGAUGAAAUCCUUCCAAAUACUGAGUGGGUCAAGAGCAACAUACCCCAGAUCAUGAGGGCGUCCUUUGAUCCAUCAGAGGACUUCAAUAUGGAGACAAUGUCCCAAGCCCAGGACUACAUAACUGCGGGGGCCUGUAUGGCUUUGGGCCUACGCUUUGCUGGCUCUGCCAACUCUGACGCUUUUGACUGUCUCUACGAGUUUGCCAGGACCUUUAUGCAGAUUCUUUCCUUCAGUGGUACAGCUGCUGUUCAGACGGGUUAUUACAACCUGCAGACCGGUCUGUCGAUGAUCCUGCUUGCCAUGUCCAUGGUUAUGUCUGGCACUGGAAACCUAAAAGUGCUGCAGCUUUGUCGAUUCUUCCACAAACGGACGGGUGGAGAGAUGAACUACGGUUUCCACAUGGCUCAUCACAUGGCGCUGGGCCUCCUCUUUCUUGGAGGGGGCAGGUAUACACUAAGCACUUCCAAUUCAGCCAUCGCUGCCCUGCUGUGUGCCCUGUACCCCCACUUCCCUGCUCAUAGUACUGACAACCGCUAUCACCUACAGGCUCUGCGGCACCUGGCUGUGCUGGCUGCAGAACCACGCCUGCUGGUCCCUGUGGAUGUGGACUCCCUGAAACCCUGCUAUGCUCUCUUGGAGGUCACCUACAAGGAGACCAAAUGGUAUGAGGAGACGACGGUCGAACUGAUGGCCCCCACCAUGCUUCCUGAGCUGCACCUUCUGAAACGGGUGAAAGUGAAGGGGCCUCGAUACUGGGAACUGUCUCUGGACCUCAGCAGAGAAACACAGCAUCUAAAGUCCAUCCUUUCCAGAGAUGGGGUGUUGUAUGUAAAAUUGCGUGCUGGUCAGCUGCCCUACAAAGAUGACCCUCAAGGCUGGAAGAGCCUGCUCGCCUCAACCGUCAACCAUCAAAACUCUGGAGUUAGAGCUUUUAAGCCUGAAGCCAUCUCUACAUUCACCUCAGAGCCUGCCCUGGUCUCCUUUGCAGAGCUCUUCUGUAAAACAUCUGAUGGGAUGAAGCAUAGGGAGGACACUCUGGCGUUGUUUUCAGCCAUGCUGUACGAGUGUGUGACACAGGAAUGUCCAGAGAUGCUGCCCACUUACAUUGCUAUUGAGCAGACUGUGGGCGCUCUGCGCCGGGGCGACCUGCAGCAGACCUUCCUUCUGUGGCAGAUGCGUCUGGUGGUUGCGUUGUGGGACAGGAGGAUGCUGCUGGGUCCCUCUAACCGUCAUGAUGCCCUGCUCACCUCUGAGUUUCUGCCUGUCAUGAAGAACAUGGUGGAUGUAGCUCUGGAUGGCUGGCUGAGAGACAACAGCUCAGUGUUGAGGUCCUACAUGAGGGGUGAGACCCUUCCUAAGGAUGCCCAGUCCAUCAUGCUGGCCUGCUUCUUGGUGUACCGCUCCAUCCCUUGCCUCAGGAACACAGACACACAGCUAGAGGGCUGCAGUUCACUCGGGGAUUUACUGGCACGAAGCAGCCAGUUAGGGAUCCCUCUCAGAGACCUGCUGCGGUUGGUACCUGUCCUGCUGGGCUCAGGAGCAUCAACCCUGCAGGGCUUCCCUCUGCAGGCAUUUUAAUCCUGAUGGCUCAGUAACAGCCAGCUGGAGAGUCACUUCUCAGGCUUCCAGUUUUAAGCACAGGUAGGACAGCAGCUGAGAGGAACUGUUGUAAAAAUCAAAACUGUUCUGCCUUCUCAGCCACCAGAAAGCUGAACUACUCUCUUUGUAAUAUACUGUUUCUAUCCUGUGUAUUUUGUUUUUACACAAUGAAGAAAGUUUGGCUGUAGUCGUGUUUGAAGUACUUUGUACCAUUUUGUGGUGCAACAAAACAAUAAUGAGGACUGAUGUGAUGUGAACCACUUUUAGCAACUUCACUGUUAAACGAGGACACAAAGGUCUGGUCAGUGCAAAAUCACAGCGUUUCAGAUGAAGUCUUACAGAGUAAAGGCUGCCUGUUGUAAGAAGACAAAGAUAAGACAAUAAACCAGAAAAAUACAUGCACAGUCAAUCAGUUCUGGUGUUUAUUUUGGUCAUUAAUAUUUUUAGUUAGGGUGUGACCCAUCUUGUGUUAUUUCCUUUAUUUUACUUUAAGUCAUCUUUCUAUUCCAGCACUUUAAAGCACAUUAUCCUCAUGAAUCUCUAGGUUAUUUUAAAUGUUUCAAAAAACUCAAUAAACCACUUAA